CGGGGCGCGGGGGGGAGCCCGGGCCUCCGGAGCUGGCCUUUUCCCUCCGCCUGGCAGCGGCAGGAGGAAGGUCCUUGGGGGGCUUCGCGGGGGUCUGGCGACUCCUUCCAGGUGCGGGGUGGCCGGGAGGCCGGGGCUGGCCCGCCUGCCCGGAGGCUUGGCCGGCUGACAGCUGUCAGCGCAGCCCUGGCAGGCAGCGGAGCGCCGGGAUUCCCAGUGCCUGGCUCCGUGCGCGGAGAUGGGCUCGCUCCCAGGUAGCAUCUGCUCGGCCGGCUGCUGGAGCGCCAGGCUGGCUGCUCUGCCAGGUGCCUCGGGUGGCAUCAUGCAGCUCCUGUGCUGCUGCUGCUAAUUCACCCAGCAAAAACGCUUCUGGUUCCCAUCCUUACGGACCUGCUGUUGCUUCCCCAUGGUUUGAAACGGUCUUGACUUUCAGCAGUGUGAGUGCUGUAAGGGAGAGCACAUCUUGGGUUUGGGAGGAGGAGAGCGGAGCCCACGGAUGCUCCACUGCAGGUGUCAGUGGGGCUGUGCACGGCUCUCUGGUGCUAGUCAACAUUACCCUGGGCCCCUCUACUCUGACGCUGCUGGAGGAGAUACUGAUAGACUUGGGGUGCAUCUCUAACCAUAGUGUAGGAUGGCUGGGGUGGAGUUACUGCUGGAAACACGACCUAUCUUCUCCUGUCCCAUCCUGCCAGGCCCCAGGCCCCCUCCUCACCUGCUCUCUCUGUGUUGUUCCUAUGUACUCUGACAUCAGGAUCACCCCCUCUUCCCUUGCAGAGAUGGGUGAUAUGGAAUCCUACAAGGUGAUGCUGAAUGGGCCAGCGCCCUGGGGCUUCAGGCUGCAAGGAGGAAAGGAUUUCAGCAUGCCACUCUCGAUCUCCAGGCUGACACCAGGUGGGAAGGCGGCCCAGGCUGGCGUGGGAGUGGGCGACUGGGUGCUAUACAUCGACGGGGAGAGCACCAGCUCCAUGACGCACAUUGAGGCCCAGAACAGGAUCCGCGCCUGUGGGGACAGGCUCUGCCUCACCUUGAGCAGAGCCCAGAACCACCUGGGGAAGCCGCAGAAGGUGCUGAGCCUUGACAAGUCACCGCUGGAGCCCCCCAGCACCCCCACAUACGACCCUGCGAAGUUGCGGCUGAUAGAGGAUGCUGAGGACUGGCAGCCCCGCACCGGGACCUCCCAGCAGUCCCGCUCCUUCCGUAAACUGGCCCAGCUGAUGGGCACAGACGUGGAGGAUCGUGAGGAUGAGCUUGUUAAAAAGCCCAGGGGUGUCUGUGGGUCUGGCUGGGGCAUGGAGGAGCAGUGGCAACUGCUGGAGCCCCCCAGCACCCCCACAUGUGAUCCCAGGAAGUUGCGGCUGAUAGAGGAUGCUGAGAACUGGCAGCCCCACACCGGGAUCUCCCAGUCCCGCUCCUUCCGCAAACUGGCCCAGCUGACGGGCACAGACAGCAUGGAGGAUCGUGAGGAUGAGCUUGUUAAAAAGCCCAGGGAUGCCCACGGGUCCGGCUGGGGCACAGGGGAGCAGCGGCAGCCCCCGCAGCCGCUGGAGCCCCCCAGCACCCCCACAUGCGACCCUGAGAAGUUGCGGCUGAUAGAGGAUGCUGAGGACUGGCAGCCCCGCACCGGGACCUCCCAGCAGUCCCGCUCCUUCCGUAAACUGGCCCAGCUGGUGGGCACAGACGGUAGGAAGGAGGAUCGUGAGGAUGAGCUUGUUAAAAAGCCCAGGGAUGCCCGUGGGUCUGGCUGGGGCAUGGAGGAGCAGCAAUGACCCCCGCAGCCGCUGGAGCCCCCCAGCACCCCCACAUGCGACCCCGGGAAGUUGCGGCUGAUAGAGGAUGCUGAGGACUGGCAGCCCCGCACCGGGACCUCCCAGUCCCGCUCAUUCCAUAAACUGGCCCAGCUGGUGGGCACAGACAGCUUGGAAGGUCAUGACGAUGUGUUUGUUAAAAAGCCCAGCCAGGUCUCCGUGCUGGACCCAUCCCCAGGAGCAGCGAUGAAGACUGACCCCGGACUGGCCCCCAGGGCUCCUGCUGCGACCCCUGGCCCUGCCAGCCGCCCACCCUGGGCUGUGGACCCCUCCUUCGCUGAGCGCUAUGCUCCAGACAAGACAAGCACAGUGGUGAGCAAGCACAGCCAGCCGGCCACGCCAACCCCCAUGCAGAACCGCAGCUCCAUCAUGCAGGCAGCUCAGCAAGCCCCCGAAGGGCCCGGCCGCACGCCCCUCUGCUACAAGUGCAACAAGGUCAUCAGGGGACGCUACCUGGUGGCACUGGGACAUUACUACCAUCCCGAGGAGUUCACCUGCUGCCAGUGCAGGAAGGUGCUGGAUGAGGGGGGCUUCUUUGAGGAGAAAGGCUCCAUUUUCUGCCCGAAGUGCUACGACACGCGCUAUGCACCCAGCUGCGCCAAGUGCAAGAAGAAGAUCACUGGGGAGGUCAUGCACGCACUGAAGAUGACCUGGCAUGUGCAGUGCUUCACAUGUGCCGCCUGUAAAACUCCCAUCCGCAACCGUGCCUUCUACAUGGAGGAGGGACAGCCCUACUGUGAGCGAGACUACGAGAAGAUGUUUGGCACCAAGUGCCGCGGCUGCGACUUCAAGAUCGAUGCUGGGGACCGGUUCCUGGAGGCACUGGGUUUCAGCUGGCAUGACACUUGCUUCGUCUGUGCGAUCUGCCAGACCAACCUGGAAGGGAAGACGUUCUACUCCAAGAAGGACAAGCCGCUCUGCAAGAGCCACGCUUUCUCCCACGUGUGAGGGACAGGAGUUCAGCUGUGCCCACGCAUGCCCCUGGCCCUGCAUGCUCCUCUCCCCCAGCGCCUGCUGCCCCCAGGGAGCCAGGCUGGGCCCUCACCCCAUCCCCUUGCUCCUGCCUCUCUCCUGACAGCUCCUGGCCUGGCUCCAGCCUUAUAGCUGGUCUGUGCCCCACGACUGGCCCUAGGAGCCCCAGGAAGGGGAUGCUGCAUGGGGAUGCUGCCCCCAAGCCAUGCAGUGUGGUGGCUGCGGCCACGCUGAGGCUGGAGUGGGGGAGGAUCUGGUACAGCAGGGCUGCUCCCUUGCCUGGCUGGGGCCCAGCUGCCUGGCAGCGCAGUGCCAGGGCAGGGAUGCUCCUAGCACAUCACCGAGUGGGUGAGGACCAGCCCCCCAGCCCCUUGCCAAGCUCUCCCCCACUUUCCCUGCUGUGUGCUUAGUUUGUGGGGCUGGAGACCUGGCUCUCCUCCUGGGCCAGGGCCCUCCCUGCAGCAACCCACUGGCUGCCCCGCAAACUGUUGUGGUGGCUUCCUACCCUGGCCACAUGCCGGGGUGGGUGGUCUGUGUCUCAUGUCCUGUUCCCCGCCCCCCCCCCCCCAGCUGGCCUGCUGCUCCCUUGGGGCUGAUGUGCAGGAUCACCCCCAACCCAGCUGUGCCAGGGAGCAGGGCAGUGUGCCAAGGCCACCCCAGCCGUGGGCUGACAGUGUGUGUUGGUGGCCGGCCGGCUGGUGGGCUCCUGCAAGGCUCAGGCACGGCUUCCUCCCAAAGAGCGCUCUGCCACUGCCAUCCCGGGCCUGUAAAUUCCUCCCCCAAACCCACACUCUCCGGUUUGGCUGCUGCUGAUGUAGCCACGGUGCUUUUAGUGCCUUUAAUAAACACUUCUCUGCAAGUGCCA